AUGACUCAACAGGAUAAGAUUUACCUUCAUGCAUGGCGUACUGCGACGGACGACUCUCAGGCUCGCGAAAGCCUAUCACCCCUAAUUUCGGUUACAGAAGACAGAGAGUGGGCUUUCCAGGAAGCUAGGCGCCGCAAAAAGCAAGGAGAGACCAACGUCGUUGUGCACGAGAUAUGUAUAUCGAAGAGGCGUCUGCGGAAGUAUGAGAGGCGCGGAAAGCGAAUUUCUUAUAGGCACGUCUACAAGUGGUUAGAUCUAGCACGUGCUCGCCUUCCUCGCUAUGCAAAUUACGCGUGCACUGAUCAGGAACAUCUUUUCCUGCAUGAAAUCCCUGGGAUCUUCAUUGUGAAGACAUUCAAGGUCUGA